AAAUGAACCAAAUCUCAUGGACCGUCCAAAACUUCCGUUACCUUUUGAAAACAUGCAUAUCCCACAGAAACCUCUUAACCGGCAAAUCCCUCCACACUCUUUACAUCAAAUCUAUCGUCCCUUCUUCAACUUACCUUUCCAAUCACUUCAUCCUUCUCUAUUCCAAAUGCGGCUUUUUAACCACUGCCAACAACGCUUUUCACCAUACCCAACACCCCAACACCUUCUCUUUCAACGCCAUCAUCGCUGCUUACGCCAAGGAAUCCCUCCCUUCUAUUGCCCACCAGCUGUUCGAUCAAAUUCCUCACCCUGAUCUUGUUUCUUAUAACACUCUUAUUUCCGCUUAUGCGGAUUGUGGUCGGACUGAACCUGCAUUGGGUCUGUUUAAAAGAAUGAGACAGCUGUGUCUUGAAAUGGAUGGUUUUACUUUGUCUGGGGUGAUCACGGCUUGUUUAAAUAAUGUGUUUUUAAUAAGACAGAUACAUUGCUUUGUAGUUUUUGGUGGAUUUGAUGCAGAUGCUUCGGUCAACAAUGCGUUGCUUUCGUGCUAUAGCAAAGAGGGUUUUUUAGAGGAAGCAAAGCGGGUGUUUAAUGAGAUGGGAGAGGGGAAAGAUGAAGUGUCUUGGAACUCCAUGAUUGUGGCCUACGGGCAACAUAAAGCGGGUGCAAAAGCAUUGGAGUUGUUUCAGGAAAUGGUUAAGAGAGGAUUCGAUGUCGAUAUGUUUACUUUGGCCAGUGUUUUGACAGCAUUUACAAGCUUAAAGGACCUGCUUGGAGGAUUUCAGUUUCAUGCUAUGUUGAUCAAAACUGGAUUCCAUCAAAAUGCUCACGCUGCGAGUGGUUUGAUUGAUUUGUACUCGAAAUCUGGAGGUGGCAUGUCCGAUUGUCGGAAAGUUUUUGAAGAGGUUUACAGACCGGAUUUGGUUCUUUGGAACACUUUGAUAUCGGGGUACUCCUUGAAUGACGAACUCUCUAAGGAGGCUCUUGAGUGUUUCCGGGAGAUGCAACGUGUCGGUUAUCACCCUGAUGAUUGUAGCUUUGUGAAUGUGAUUUGUGCAUGCUUCAAUUUGUCAUCACCUUCUCAGGGAAGACAGAUUCAUGCACUGGUAACCAAAUCUGACGUCCCUAACCAAAUUCAAGUCGAUAAUGCCUUGAUUGCUAUGUACUCGAAAUGCGGAAAUCUUCAGGAUGGAAGACGGUUAUUUGAUAGAAUGCCGGAACAUAAUACUGUCUCUUUGAAUUCGAUGAUUGCUGGUUAUGCACAACAUGGGAUUGGAACGGAGGCAUUAAUUCUUUUUGAGCACAUGCUGGAGCGGAAUAUUUCCCCUACGAGUAUAACCUUCAUCUCCGUUCUUUCAGCUUGUGCUCAUACAGGAAAAGUCGAGGAGGGUCAGAAGUAUUUCAACGAUAUGAAAGAAAAGUUCAGAAUUGAACCAGAAGUGGAGCACUAUUCGUGCAUGAUUGAUCUAUUGGGUCGAGCAGGCAAGCUACAUGAAGCUGAGAAGCUCAUAAAGAGUAUGCCAGUUAACCCUGGUUCAAUCGGCUGGGCUGCAUUGCUCAGUGCUUCUAAAAUACAUGGGAAUAUGGAACUAGCAUCAAAGGCAGCACACAAGCUUCUUCAACUGGAACCUUCAAAUGCUGUACCUUAUGUCAUUCUUGCAAACAUGUAUGCCAGCUGCGGCAAAUGGGAAGAGGCAGCCAUGGUUAGAAAGUUUAUGCGAGAUAGAGGUGUAAGGAAGAAACCGGGUUGUAGUUGGAUAGAGGUGAAUAAAAGAAUUCAUGUGUUUGUGGCUGAAGAUAUUUCACAUCCAAUGAUCAAAGAAAUUUACAAGUAUUUGGAGGAGAUGGGAAGGAAGAUUAAGUUAGCCGGGUAUGUUUCAGAUCUGCGCUGGAGUUUAGUUAAGGACGAUGAGAUAGAUGCAGGAGAGAAGGAGAUACAGUUAAGGCAUCACAGUGAGAAGCUAGCGGUUGCAUUUGGGCUGCUGUCGACAAAAAAUGGGGAGCCUAUACUUGUGAUUAAAAACCUGAGGAUAUGUGGAGAUUGCCAUAACGCAAUCAAGUUUAUCUCUGCUAUUUCUGGGAGAGAAAUCACUAUAAGGGAUACCCAUAGGUUCCAUUGUUUCAAGGAGGGGCAGUGUUCUUGCGGAGAUUAUUGGUAAUGCUUUUGGCUCAUUGUUGAUGACCUCAAAAAUCAAAUAUCUCAACCUAUAAAUUUGAGAAACGCUGUUACAUGAAUGGUCAGGGUUA